CGGGGGCGGGGCGGGGGAAGGCGGGAAGGCGGCGGGGAGCGGAGUGUCCUGCGUGAGGCGGGAUGGUGCGAUCCUGGCGCGCGGGCCGUGUUCGUGGGGGCGGGCGGGGAAAGGCCUCCCCCGUGAGAACGAGGAGGAGAGAGGCCCUCCGGGAUCGCGCUGCGGCGGGGCCUCGGCGCCCGGCCCUGAGCGCUCGGCCUGAGGCUAUCGCUGGCGGGACCUGCGACAGCGCGGCAGCUCCCAGCGUGUCGGUGGCGAGUGGCGGAUGGAAACGGAGAAUCCAGUUCACCGGUUUUAGAGAAAAAGAGAAGAAAGCGCUGCGGGAGAUGUUACUCAGGCUGGACUGUGUUUUUGUUGAUAAUAAGAAAUACAGCAACUGCACACAUCUUAUAGCGAAAAAGCUUUGUAAGAGCGAAAAGUUCCUAGCUGCCUGUGCUGCGGGAAAGUGGAUACUAACUAAGGAGUACAUAAUUAAUAGUGCCGAAAGUGGCAGAUGGCUUGAUGAAACAACAUACGAAUGGGGAUAUAAAAUUGAAAAAGACACCCAUUAUUCACCUCAAAUGCAGUCUGCACCUAAAAGAUGGCGCAAAGAGCUGAAAAACUCUGGUGCUCCAGGGGCAUUCUACAGAUGGAAAGUUAUCCUCGAUGUUAAGGAAGGUUACGAAGGAGUGGCACCUAUUAGAAGAGUUCUAGAAGCUGGAAAGGCGACUGUGUGCUCAUCUCAGAAUGUCGAGAGUGAUGUUACUCAUGUAUUUGUCCUUAAUAAAUUUUUUCCUGUGCAAAAAGAAAAAUGCUUAUAUGAAGCUCAAUACUACCCUUUACAGUAUGUAGGAGAUUACCUUUUGGAGAAGGAUAUACAAAAUACUGAAGUUACCCAAAUUAAUGGUUGUCUGCCAGCACAAGAAACUGACCAAAACAAGUCUAACAUGCAGCUUAUUGAAAUGAAAAAUGCUGUGAUCAGGCAUAUGUAUUUUGUUGAGGCUGCAAAGCACAAUUUUGUUCAGAAAGACUUUCUGAGUAGAUGCAAUCCAAAGGUUAAAAAUACUAACCUGUCUGAAGGCAGAUUGUACAUAUUUGAAGAACUAAUAGAAGAACAUUUAUUAUCUGAAGUGAUUAUAGAGCUUGCUGUUGGUCAGAAGUACUCUCUUCCUCCCGUUCCACUUUUUCAUUCUCUUCUGGAAUGUGUCCUGUUGGAAAAUACCGAUGCUGUAUUUUGUGCGAAAGUUUGUCAUGUUUUGUACCUUGUUCUCCAACAUGAUCCUCCUUGGAAAUCUACAUCUAUGUUAGGAUAUUAUUUAGAUCUUCUUCAGUGUCCUGUCUGUAAGAAAGGCACGUGGAACUUGAUAGAGAUGCUUGUAAGGUCUUGCCUUUAUUACAAAAACAUUUGUCAUGCAGUGCCAGUUUCAGGGAAAGCAGAUGAACAGAGGACAGUUCACAAAAUGCUUCUGAAGUUUUUCUUUGAUUUAGUAAAAGCUGAAGUAAAAUUUUUGACAAAAAGUUUGGUUGAAGGGACCAAUUCACAGCACCAGCAAGUAAUGCCACAGAUGGUUCUUCUGAAGACCUUUUGGUUGGGAAGUGAAACCUCUGUGCUUUUUACCAAACACAUAAAUAUUCUAGUGGAUUGGGUCAUACUUUCCUAUAGAGAAUUGGAAAGAAAAAAUGAUGCUUUCAGACAUGAAAUAGCUUGUCUAUUAAAUGCAAUUCUUGGAACCGUAGUGGAUUAUUGGAUCGUCUCAGGUUUGCUUAUGGACAGAAAUGUGUUUCAUCAAAUAGCUGAUGAUUUAGCACACUACAUUGUCAUUGCCUGCGAUGAUUUUUCCAGAUGUUUCAAUACGUGAUUUAAAGCGUUCAUUUGUUCCAUACCGUCCCCCUGGCUUCAAAUGUUUGUUGCUGAAGCAGUUUUUAAAAAAAUGUGUUUACAGAGGAAUGUAACUAUUUCUUCAGAACCUCUUUCUCUUCAGAAAAUAGUCGGUCCCUAUUUUCUUGCUUUGCAAGAGGUGGGGAUAUGUGAGACAAGAAAAAUUCACAAAGCAAAGAAAAUAGGGCAUUGGCCAUGCCCUGCAUCUCAGAAGGCAUUACAGAUGCUAAAUGGUGAUGAGCAGAACCAAGUCAAAAUGUGUCUCCUUAUCUUUCUUUUCUGAGACAGUAAGUGCCGUACAAGGAAGAGAGCUAAGGCUUCAGACAGCAAAGAGAAUUGUUCCCUCUUGGGCUGAAGAGGUGGGAUUUUUGCAGGAGAAAUGCUAAAAGGACAGACAGCCCUGCAUGUAGCUUGCAAAAGAAACAAAGUGGAGAGAUUGAUUCAGCUUCUCUCUUCCCCUGGAACAGACAUUAAUUCUAAAGACUAUGCUGGCUGGACGCCUUUGCAUGAAGCCUGUAACCAUGGCAGCACAGUGUGUGUCAGUGAAAUUUUGCAGCGUUGUCCAGAGGUAGACCUGCUCAGUCAAGUGGACGGGGUGACUCCUUUGCAUGAUGCACUGUCAAAUGGACAUAUAGAAAUUGGCAAGCUACUGCUUCAGCAUGGGGGACCAGUCCUUCUACAGCAUAGGGACUCCAAUGGAAAAUUCCCCCUGGAUUAUGUUCAGUCCCUCCAAGUAAAACAAGAACUUCUGAACAUUGUUCUUCCAGAAGAGAAAAUUGAAAGCUUCUAUGAACGUACAGAAAAAGAUUUGAGCAGUCAGCAAGAAGAGUUGUGGUUGACUUUAUUUAACAAGAUGCUGCUUAAUUUUUGUUCUGUUUAUAAUCUGUUUUCACCUUUAACACUCAGCAAGGUAGCUCUUUCAGAUACGCUUCUAGUAAUGACUGCUGAUAAGAUGAAAGGUACAUUUCCUGCACACUGGUUAGUAGAUACAUACUUUAAAGAGCUAGAAACUUUUCAAAAGCUACCACAGUUUAUUGAAGAGGUAUCUGCAUGCAUGAGUGCUUUUCCUGGAGAACAGAUGAAGGCUUUAUUAGCAACUCUGGAAUCUGUAGUAAAGGCAAAUCAGCUAUUUGCUUAAAUCUUUUCCAUAGGUAGCUUCCAUAGGUAGUUACAUUGGUUAAAUCAUGACUACUAAUCUGCAAUAUUUGGUUGAUACUUCUUCUGGUAACUGAGGUACAGAUUUUACAGCUAUGAAUGUUAUUAUCACCCAUUACAUCAAUACUUUCUUCUAGUGGGACCUGGAAGUCAGAUGCAUUGAUUCAGUGCAAAUUUUAGGCAAAAUCUGUCCACUCACACAACACUUUCUAAUUGUCAGACAUCUCUGGAUGUGCGACAGUACUUCAAGAGGUGCUGUGUUGUUAUAAUCUUCUGUUUUGUAAAUAUUUGCCACCAGUCUCAUGCCAUAGUUCUGUAAAAUUAAAAACAGAGAUAAUAAAAUUGUGUUUACAGGA